AUGUAUGCAAACAAUACCUUGAUUCGCGUGGUCUCGGUCGGCCCGGUGCUCUUGGUGCUGGGCAUUUUCUUCUUCGAAUGGUAUGCUUUCAACUUUGUCUUCAUGCUCAGGGGGCUGGGGCGAUGGCGUGGAGAGCCCUUAGAAGCGGCCUUCUUGCGGGCCUUCUUCUUCAACGCCUUUUGGCUAUUGGCCUUGCUUGGAACCCCGUUUCUCCGUGGUUUCGAACCGCCGGCGGUCGAACCGCCGGCGGGCGAACCGAGAGAUCAGCAGGUGUUCACCGGAUGA